GAAAGAGCGUCACCAUCACAGGAUGUGGUUGCAUGCAUAUUGUUCUACUUUGGAGUCUUUUUACACUUGUUCAUGUGGAUUCUAAGGGAACAUACUCAGCCUUCAUCUUUAAAAUGUAUGAAGACAGGGACAUAAAAAAGUCCAACUUUUAAGAGGCAUUCAUUUUAAAAUAUGCUUUUCCUGAUUACUGAAUUGUGGGAAGCCAUGUGAGAAGAAUGAAAGAAAAAAAAAAAUGAAAAAAAAGAAAUGAAUGAGCAUGGGUGAACCAGCCAGCAGGAAGAAGCCGCCAUGGCUUAAACUGGACAUCCCCAUUAUUCAGCUGACACCCGAUGAGACGCCUACUCAUAAGGAGCCACUAAAACGCCAGCGCAGUGUCAGCAUGCCAGGAGCAAACUCUCAGGCCUACCAGGCUGCCUCAGAAACAAACUACCUCAGACCGCCGCCAGAGAGAGUGCCCUCCUUCCCACGGUGUAAGGGUGAGCACAGCGAGAAAAAAGUGCACUUUGAGCGUGUCAACACAGUUCCCCCGAAGGGUCAGAGGUGCCCUAGGAGAGUGCCCACUGUCCGGAGGCGGUCUUGCAUCCCCAAAAUACUGACUCGACGACGAUCAUCAAUACCCAAACACAUUUUCAGGGGUACAGCAGACUGGUUCGGGGUAAGCAAGGACAGUGACAGCACCCAGCGAUGGAGGAGGAAGAGCCUGCAGCACUGCAGCCAGCUCUACGGGGGUCUCAAGGCUCAGGUGAUGAGGAGCAUGGAGCUACCCAGCCAGGACAACAUCUCCCCGGCCAGCACCGACAUCCCUCCUCCCCUCUACCUCCACCACCCCAGUCAACAUCCCUAUGGCAUGCAGAGGAUUGUGGACCCCCUGGCUCGGGGUCGUGCCUUCCGUGCGGCGGAAGAGGUCGACUUCAACGUCCCGCCAGCUCCCGUCACGCCAUGCGGCGCCUCGCUCUGCUCCUUUUCCAGCUCACAAUCGGCCCUCAACCGGUUGCCACGACGACGCAAACGGCAGUCGGUUGCUGUCAUGAGUCUGAAAGCUGCCGCGGCACUAAUGAAGGGCCGUACAUUAAGCGAAAGCACAACAGGCCGAUGCCGAACGCGAAGUUUCCUGCCACGCGGUGUCUUCGAAGACGACACUGUGGACUUCCCCGAUGAUCUGGAUACAUCUUUCUUCACUGGAGAGGGCCUGCAGGAUGAGCUGUCCAGCUAUGCCGAUGAGGUUUUCGAGACGGCGUCGGAGGCUGCACGUCAAAUGGAUGAGGGCGAGCUGACAGGAAGUGCUUUGGAUAGAAAUGAACUGGAGAGGAGCCACCUGAUGCUGCCAUCAGAGCGAGGAUGGCGCAAGUCAAAAGACGGCUCGCCGGUCCAACCUAAGCUGCGUUUUAAUCACGACGUGGUGAGUCGACAGCGUGGCCAAAGAAUCGUGGUUCCCGUUCAGAAGCUGUUUGCCCGAGAAAAGAGGCCUUACGGGCUAGGCCUGGUCGGCCGCCUUACCAACCGUACGUAUCGCAAGCGCAUUGACAGUUACGUCAAAAGGCAGAUUGAGGACAUGGAUGAUCACAGGCCUUUCUUUAGCUACUGGAUCACAUUUGUGCAUUUACUCAUCACCAUUCUGGCUGUCUCCAUCUACGGCAUCGCUCCUAUCGGCUUCUCUCAACACGAAACUGUUGAUUCAGUACUACGGAACCAGGGGGUGUAUGAAAAUGUGAAAUUUGUGCAGCAACAAAAUUUCUGGAUCGGCCCAAGCUCAGAGGCGCUGAUCCACCUGGGAGCCAAGUUUUCCCCGUGCAUGCGUCAGGAUCAGGAAAUCCACAGGCUGGUCCAGGAGAUAAGGGCCAAAGAGAGAGAGUCUGGAUGCUGCGUGAGGAACGAUCGCUCUGGCUGCUUACAGACCUCUCAAGACGAGUGCUCGACCACCUUGGCAUUGUGGGUAAAGUGGCCUCAGCACCCCAGUGCCACUUAUUUGAAUAAUAAACUACGCCAAUACGGUGCAGUCUGCCAUCAGGAUCCCAGAAUUUGUCAGGAGCCUGCCUCUGUUUCACCUCAUGAAUGGCCUGAAGACAUCACCAAGUGGCCAGUUUGCACAAAGUACAAUUUUGGGAAUCACACCAACCUCCCCCACAUCGAUUGUACCAUCACAGGCCGGCCCUGCUGCAUUGGAACAAAAGGACGGUGUGAAAUCACCUCCAGAGAGUACUGUGAAUUUAUGCAUGGCCACUUCCAUGAAGAAGCCACUCUUUGUUCACAGGUUGCCUGCAUGGAUGACGUGUGUGGUUUACUGCCUUUCCUCAACCCAGAAGUCCCAGAUCAGUUUUCCCGACUCUGGCUGUCCCUCUUUCUUCAUGCUGGAAUCCUACACUGCCUGGUGUCCGUGUUGUUCCAAAUGACCGUUCUUCGAGAUCUGGAGAAGCUGGCUGGCUGGCUGCGAAUCUCCAUCAUCUACAUGCUUAGUGGCAUUGCGGGCAACCUGGCCUCCGCCAUUUUCCUGCCCUACAGAGCGGAGGUGGGUCCGGCUGGUAGUCAGUUUGGCAUCCUGGCGUGUCUUUUUGUCGAGCUCUUUCAGAGCUGGCAGAUCCUUGAGCGUCCAUGGCGGGCGUUUGCCAAGCUGUUUGCCAUUUCAGCGUUCUUCUUCUCUUUCGGCUUGUUGCCCUGGAUCGACAACUUUGCCCACAUCGGUGGUUUUGUCUCAGGAUUUUUCCUGUCCUUUGCCUUCCUGCCGUAUAUCAGCUUUGGACGUUUAGAUAUGUACCGCAAGAGGGUUCAGAUCUGUGUGUUCCUGCUGGUAUUCCUCGGUCUAGUCUUCGGCUUGGCCGUCCUCUUCUACGUUUACCCUGUGAAGUGCGACUGGUGCGAGUACCUCACCUGCAUCCCCAUCACCGACGAGUUUUGCGAGAAGUACGACCUGAACGCAAAACUUGUUGGACCCAAGUGACGGCCGCUGGUUUGAAUACUCCGUGUGUGUGUGUGUGUGUGUGUGUGUGUGUGUGUGUGUGUGUGUGUGUGUGUGUGUGUGUGUGUGUGUGUGUGUGCGCGUGUGUGUGUGUGUGUGUGUGUGUGUGUGUGUGUGUGUUGAUGUCACAGCUUGUGUGAUUCCUAAAUAAAAAAAAGGACAACUCA